AUGGAAAUACCAGAUACAGAAUCACAUAACAUAAAAAUAAAUAAUCAAGAUAAUAAUAAUAAUAAUAAUAAUAAUAAUAAUAAUAAUAAUAAUAAUAAUAAUAAUAAUAAUAAUCCCAAUAGCAACAAUAGUAUAGUUAGUAAUCCAAUAACCUCAUCAACCUCUUCAUCAAAAAAAAACCAAACAAAAAAGAAAAGAAGAAAUCCAUUUAUAGGCCCAUCAUCAAACAAAACAAAAGCCAAUUUUCCAGAAUUUCCCUCAUGGACAUAUGGAAAAAAUUUUUGUGAAGGUGGUAUAGCAAUAAAAAAUAGAAAUCAGCUAUUUAAUUUUGACACCGAAACAAUGAACAAUAUAGAAAAUAAAGAAAAUAAUAGUAUUAAUAAUAAUAAAAUUGAAAAUAAUGAAUUAUUAACUAAUCGUAAAAAAACAAAUAAUUCAAUAUUUUUUGAAAACAUUCAAAGCGAUGAUGAAGAUUGUAAAGAAGAUAAGAAUCGUUUUUUAAAUUCAAACCGCUUUGAAGAUAUGGAAUAUGAUGAAGAUGAUGAUGAAGAUGACGAAGAUGAUGAAGUUGAUGGAGAAGAAAAGAAAAAGUUUGAAUGGUCAAUCGAUAUGCUCGCCACUAUAAUGCCUGUAAAUAUAACGUUAGAUGUUGAUAAUCAACAAAACUUUUGCUGUAGCGAGGACGAAUAUGACAAUUCAACUGAAAUGUACGAGUUUAAAAAAUGGAAGAUUGAAGAUGAAAAGCAAUCAAACGAAUAUUUCAGUAGACCAACAAUUUUCCCACAUGCUAAAUAUAAUCAAAAUAAUAAUAAUAAUAAUAACUAUCAUCAAAAUAACUCUUUUCUCUUUAAAUCACGUAUAAACCAAGAUAAUACCAAUAUUCACAAUAGUAGUAACAACAGCAAUCUUAGUGGACUCAAAAGAAAAUCAACUAGUAGUGAUAACAAUGGAAACAGUGAGGAUGAUACAUAUUCACUAGAAAAGGAUCAAACUGGGGUCUCGGUAUUUGUAGAUGAUGGGUUAAUAGAUAAUAUUAAUCUCAGUAGCGUUAGUAGUAUUAAUACAACAGGUAUUUCAUUUGGCAGGCCAACUGUGUUCCAUACACCAAUGUCAACACCUACACGUCCAGGUACUUUACUUUUUAACAGUAACCAAAAAUCAUUAUCAAAUAGCAGUUGUAGUGUAGCAAAAAGGUUCCCAAAUAAACCAAUUUUUUCAACCGAUUCAGAUGAUCUUUUGGUUAGUCCAAUUUGUUUAAAUAAAAAUCUCAAUAAUAAUAACAAUCAUUAUAUAAAAAAUAAUGACACUGCCCUAACCAAAAUUGAAGAGCAAGAACAACAACAUAUAUUUUUAACACCUCAAACCCCAAUUAACAAGACUCCAACUAAUUCGAAAAUGAAAUCAAAAUAUAAUUUCCAUAUAAAUGAUCCAUUAAUCCUACCAGAUAUUUCACCCAUUAAAAUAAAACCAAAUAACAGCAAUAAUAGCAAUAUUAAUAAUCCUGCACCAAAUAAUAAUAAUAAUAAUAAUAAUAAUAAUAAUAAUAAUAAUAAUAAUAAUAACUCACCACCAUCUUCUCCAUCUAAAACCCCUAUUGUAAAAUUUAGAUUAUAA